AUGUCAGACAACCCCUCCCGGCAUGUCGCGUACGAGCAAGUGAAGCUGAUGCUGGACUUCAUGGGACAGCAUGUGGACUUCGCCACGGGCCAGCUGCGCUCGCUGGAGGCCCGCCACGUCUCCAAGAAGCUGUGGAACGAGCUCACACAAACCCUGAACAGUUGCCGGGGUACAAGGAAGACCAUGGAUGGGUGGAGUCGGUAUUGGAGUGACUUCAAGAACAAGCUAAAGAACAAACUUCGUAUAAUAAACAAACGGAAGCGACUCGGCUCCACCGACAAAGGUAUCCGGCCGCUCACCAAGCUGGAGAAGAGAGCCGUCGUGAUACUGGGGCCCUGCUUCGAGAAGAAGGUCUCCCGGCUGGCGCAGCAGGACUAUCAGGAUGAGAGCGGAACACAAAAGCUACCCAAGGUGACAGCAGAGGUGAAAAUAGAGAGUAUGGAAGACCCCGCGGACCGAUGCAGCGGCCGCAUCGAGAUAUCGCCGCUAGACGCGCACAUAGCCCUUUCGCCAAGGAUACACGUUUCGCCAGACCGGGAAAGCGAAGAUGACGCCCCAUCCGACUACGACGAUUCCGAACAGAAUGGGCCACUCAUGAGUUCACUGUACCCAAAGUGGCUAAUCGAGAUCGAGCAGAAACGCGCCGAGGCCGAGCUCUCCCGAGCGAGGGCCGAAGAGAGCCGAGCGCGCGUAGCGGCGUCUGCGGCGCAAGCGGCCACCAUACAGGCGGAGGCAUUAAGAACACUGGCAGAGGCGGCAUCGAAGCAGGCGGACGCCGUGGCCAGGAUAGCGGCCACUCUCGACACUAUCCACAAACAGCGGGCCAACGACAUACUAGGGGGGCUCUGACUUAGUUUUACUACUCUUAUUAUGAUUUGGUAAAAUUAUGUUAUCUACAUACAGACUAGCGGGAGAAAUGAUCUGAUUGUAUGUAAAUAGUAUGAUUACUUUAUAAUCUAGAAAAACAUGUUAAUUUCUUGAAAAUGUGCUACAAAUACUAGUCAUUUGAUAAAUUAUAUUUUAUGUGUUGUGUCUUGGUUAAAUACUUUAGUGAUAAAAAGAUUUUGAAUUGAAGUUAAGUAUUUGUUAAAGUACUUCUUGGGCGCAGGUACUUGUUGCUUGUAGUCCUAAAGUAUAGAGGUACUUUUUUAUCUGUUUUUUGUACGAUUUCGUAAAAUAGUGUGACAAUUAGUGUAGUAUAUUAUUUUUAUUGCCCUGUCAGGGACUGUACCUGUUAAGGCCCGUCUCGAUAUCGCG